AUGAGCCUGCAAGAGGAAGAAGAAAUUCUAGAAAUUUGCAGCUCGAUUACUGAACUAUCUUUUGGGAAAGAGUCGCAAACUUGGAAGGACAAGGACAAGAAGACAUUUGAUGAUAAUCGCGAAAAUUUAUUAAAGUUGAAUCUGAGAUACGUUGAAGAGAACAAAGGUGAAUUACCCGCUCUCCAUUUCGCGGCUGCGGUGUCCGAUGUUGACGUUUGUCGGCGCCUCGUGGAGCAGGGCGCUGACGUCAACGAAAAAUGCAACGUUCGAGGCGCCACUCCCCUGUACUACGCCGCUUUGAACGAAGUCCACGGAUUAAGUCUGAUCGAUUACUUAUUCUUUGAAAAAGGGUGCGACGUUGAUGGAGAAGAUGCUCGUCCUGAUCAAGCAAUCGGUGAUGCCCGCCGGUAUAGAGACGUCAUUCUUGCAAUACGAAAGCAAAAAGAUAUGUUCAAUUCAGGAAAUGCAAGUAUAAGUAUUGCUCAACGUUUUUCCAUGAUGAAAAUUAGGUUGAUAUUCGCGAAAUUGUCGUUCAAGAUUAAGAGCCUUGACAUAUUGAGCGAACACCCAAGUCAUUUUAGCAUGCUUGAAUCGGCUUGCAAGUUUGGAGAUCUGGAGAUGUGCAAGUGGCUGCUGGAAGAUGUCGAAAUUGACGUCAACCAGUUCGAGGAUGAAUACUGGAAAGACCGCAUUCUUCAAACUGUUGCCAUGAACCUCACACGUGAAACAAGUGUGAUUAUUCGAUACUUGUCCUCAAGGUUCGAAUUCACCGCUGAUCAACAAAGCAAGGCCUUUAGGUCGGCUUUCUAUUAUAAAAUAGUAAAUCAUGAAGUCGAUAUCUUCUGUGCCAAAGACGCAGAAGAGUUGUUCAAGGGAUUUGCCGACACAAAGAUCAAAAUAGGAGGACAAAAUUUGCUGCAGUUUUGUGUGAACCGGAACCAUCUUGAUGCUGCGGAAAUCGUGCAUGGAAAAGACGGAGAACUCAUCAAUGAGAUCGAUGAAGACGGAGCGACGAUUCUCCAUCGCGCAGCAAGGUUUGGAAACGUCGAAAUGUGUCAGUGGCUGAUUGACCAGGGCCAAGACAUCAAGGCCUUAAACCAAAAAACCGGUACCAACUUCCUCCAUUAUGCUGCUCAAAACUCCGUCGAUGGCGAAAACAUCAUCAAAACAUUCGGAGAGAACCUUCGUGAAUACGUGAACCGAACCAACGUGCAUGGCUUACGUCCCCUUCAUUUGGCCUUGAUCAACAAACAAAGAAACUACAAAAGAAAUGCAGAGGCUUUGCUUGAAGUCGGUGCCGAUUUGAGUUUGAAAAUAAAAGGAUACAACUUGCUUCACCUCUGCAUCGCUUCCAAAAAGUUGGACUGUGUCAAAUUCGUGCACAGCAAGAACAAAAAUCUGAUCAAGGAAAGGGCAAGGAAAGGAGAAACCACACUCGACAUUGCUGCUGACUUCUAUGAUGAAGAAAUAUACGCAUGGCUUGUGGAAGAGGGGCGUGGAAAACUAUACAUUGCGCGUAAUCAACAAACGUCAAAGAAGAAGGAAAUGACAUAUGAUGAUCAUUGCGAAAAUUUGUUAGAGAUGAAUCUGAGAUACGUUGAAGGCAACAAAGGUGACUUACCCGCUCUCCAUUUCGCGGCUCGGGUGUCCGAUGUUGACGUUUGUCGGCGCCUCGUGGAGCAGGGCGCUGACGUCAACGAAAAAUGCGUCGUUCGAGGCGCCACUCCCUUGCACUACGCCGCCAUGAACGAAGACUACGGAUUAGAUCUGAUAAACUACUUCAUUAAAAAAGGUCUCGAUAUUGAAGUAAAAGAUGCUCAUCGUGAGGAGGCUAUCCAUUAUGCCCUCCGAGCUAAAAACUACAAUCUUGUAGUGCAAAUACAUAUGCACUUACAGGAACGCCGUUUAAGAAAAGCAGCUAUUAGCGGUGUUCUAGAAUAUGCCAUUUUAAAUAAUUGCUUGGAUUUCGCGAAAUUCAUCUACAAUAAUAAGAGAGAAGAACCAUUGAGCGAACGACCAAGAUAUUUGUUCAUCCUCUUACAAGUGUGCCAGUAUGGAGAUCUGGAGAUGUGCAAGUGGCUGCUGGAAGAAGUCAAAAUUGACGUCAGCCAGUUCAAGGAUAAAGACUGGAAAGACCAGAUUCUUCAAACCGUUGCCUUGAACCGCACACGUGAAACUAGUGAGAUUAUUCGAUACUUGUCCUCAAGGUUCGAAUUCACCGCUGAUGAACAAAACGAGGCCUAUAGGGAGACUUUUUAUUAUAAAAUAGAAAAUGAACCACAUCAAAUCUGUGCCAAAGAAGCAGAAGAGUUGUUCAAGGGAUUUGCCGACACAAAGAUCGAAUUUGAAGGCGUUAAUUGGCUGCAGUAUUGUGUGACAUGGUGCAAUCUAGAUGCUGCGAAAUUCGUUCAUGGAAAAUACGGAGAACUUAUCAAUGAGAUCGAUGAGCACGGAGCGACGAUUCUCCAUCGCGCAGCGAGGGAUGCAAACGUCGAAAUGUGUCAGUGGCUGAUUGACCAGGGCCAAGACAUCAAGGCCUUAAACACAAAAACCCGUGCCAACUUCCUCCAUUAUGCUGCUCAGAACUCCGUCGAUGGAGAAAACAUCAUCAAAACAUUUGGAAAGAACCUGCGUGGAUACGUGAACCGAACCAACGGCGCUGACGUCAACGAAAAAUGCGGCGUUCGAGGCGCCACUCCCCUGCACUACGCCGCCAUGAACGAAACCAACGGAUUAGAUCUGAUCAAAUACUUCAUUGAAAAAGGUCUCGACAUUGAAGUAGAAGAUGCUCAUCUGUGCCAAUAUGGAGAUCUGGAGAUGUGCAAGUGGCUGCUGGAAGAAGUCAAAAUUGACGUCAGCCAGUUCGAGGAUAAAGACUGGAAAUACCAGAUUCUUCAAACUGUUGCCAGGAACCGCACACGUGAAACAAAUGCUGCGAAAUUCGUGCAUGGAAAAUACGAAGAACUCAUCAAUGAGAUCGAUGAAGACGGAGCAACAAUUCUCCACCUCGCAGCGAUGCAUGGAAACGUCGAAAUGUGUCAGUGGCUGAUUGACCAGGGCCAAGACAUCUAUGCCUUAAACAAAAAAACCGGUGCCAACUUCCUCCAUUAUGCUGCUCAGAACCUCAUCAAAGGAGAAGACAUCAUCAAAAGAUUUGGAGAGAACUUUCGUGGAUACGUGAGCCAAACAGACAUUUCUCAUGAGGCGAUUCAAGUGAUUGAGAUGUGCGUUUCUCUGCUGUCAGAGGCGGGCGAGGCGGCUAAACGAACGGAAGAUGGAAGAUGGAAGGGACCAGCUGGAAAACGAAAACUCGAGACAGAGCCGCAAACUUCGCAGGAGAACAAGAAAAUGAUACGUUACGAAAAUUUUAUGAAGUUGAAGCUGAGAUACAUUGAAGAGAACAAACGUGACUUACCCGCUCUCCAUUUCGCGGCACAGAUAAGCAAUAUUGACGUUUGUCUGCGCCUCGUGGAGCAGGGCGCUGAGGUUAACGAAAAAUGCAGCCCUCGAGGCGCCACUCCCCUGCACUACGCCGCCAUGAACGAAGACUACGGAUUAAGUCUGAUCAACUACUUCAUUGAAAAAGGUCUCAACAUAGAAGUAAAAGAUGCUCAUCCGUGUGAAUAUGGAAAUCUGGAGAUGUGCAAGUGGCUGCUGGAAGAUGUUGGAAUUGACGUCAGCCAGUUCGAGGAUAAAGACUGGAAAUACCAGAUUCUUCAAUCCGUUGCCAGGAACAACUCAUGUGAAACUAGAACACGAACACUUGAGACAGAGCAACAAACUUCGCAGAAGAUCAAGGCAAUGAAAUUAAAUAUGCGAAAACGUUUCGAAAGUUUUAUGAACCUGAAACUGAGAUUUGUUGAAGAGAACAAAGGUGACUUACCCGCUCUCCAUCUCGCGGCACGGAUAAGCGAUGUUGACGUUUGUCGGCGCCUCGUGGAGCAGGGCGCUGACGUCAACGAAAAAUGCGGCGCUCGAGGCGCCACUCCCCUGCACUACGCCGCCAUGAACGAAACCAACGGAUUAGAUCUGAUCAACUACUUCAUUGAAAAAGGUCUCGACAUAGAAGUAAAAGAUGCUCAUCUUGAGAUGGCUAUCCAUUAUGCCCUCCGAGCUAAAAACUACAAUCUUGUAGUCAUCCUUAAAUUAGUGUGCGUAUAUGGAGAUCUGGAGAUGUGCAAGUGGCUGCUGGAAGAAGUCAAAAUUGACGUCAGCCAGUUCAAGGAUAAAGACUGGAAAUACCAGAUUCUUCAAACCGUUCCAGCGAACCUUUCACUUGAAACUAGUAAGAUUAUUCGAUACUUGUCCUCAAGGUUCGAAUUCACCGCUGAUGAACAAAGCGAGGCCAAUAGGGAGGCUUUUUAUUAUAAAGUAGAAAAUGAACCAUAUCAAAUCUGUGCCAAAGAAGCAGAAGAGUUGUUCAAGGGAUUUGCCAACACAAAGAUCAAAUUUGAAGGCGUUAAUUGGCUGCAGUAUUGUGUGUCAUGGGGCAAUCUAGUUGCUGCGAAAUUCGUGCAUGGAAAAUACGGAGAACUUACCAAUGAGAUCGAUGAAGACGGAGCGACGAUUCUUCACCUCGCAGCGAAGCAUGGAAACGUCGAAAUGUGUCAGUGGCUGAUUGACCAGGGCCAAGACAUCAAGGCCUUGAACCAAAAAACCGGUGCCAACUUCCUCCAUUAUGCUGCUCAGAACCUCAUCAAAGGAGAAGACAUCAUCAAAAAAUUUGGAGAGAACCUACGUGGAUACGUGAACCAAACAGACGUAAAUGACUUCACUCCACUUCAUUUUGCCAUGCUCGACGAAAAAGUAUUAUUCAACAAAAGUGUUGCAGAGGCUUUGCUUGAACUCGGAGCCGAUUUGAACGCGAAAAACGAUGGUUACAAUUUCCUUCACUUGUGCAUUGUUACGGGUGAUUUGGAACGUGUCAAAUUCGUGCACUCCAAAGACAAAAAUCUGAUCAAAGAAAGGACAGGGGAUGGAAAAACCACACUUCACAUUGCUGCUGACUACUACCAUUAUGGAGAUAUAUGCGCAUGGCUUGUGGAAGAGGGCUUGGAUCCCGAAGAAAUCACCGUCGGAGGAAAAUCAGUGCUUGAAUCAAUUUCCAAUGAGAACGCCAAGUCGUUCUUCAAUGCAUUCAAGAAAAAUAAUUAUUUGUAG